AUGACCUCUUCCAAUUCCCCGGAGGCUGCUGCCGAUCCGGCCAGCUCCUCCGCUGCGGCCCCUUAUGGGACGCGUUCAAGAGGCCGCAAUGCCAAUGCCCCUCGGCCCAAUUAUGCUGAGGACCGUGACAUUGAAAUGGAAUUUACUGAUGCUGCUCCUGCCAAAAAUUCCAAACGGCAUAGUGGGGUCGCUCUGGGAAAUAUCGUCAACGGUUCCAAAUCUGACAGCGAGAAGUCCUCGCCCACGCAAGCUCGAAAGAGUCCUCCUAAUGGUGCUGGUACUGGCACCAACAAUGCUCCCAAUACAGUCACUUCGCCCAAAGAAGCUAUUCCAGGCACAUCUUCAUUUUCAUCUCGGCCAGAGGAUGUUCCUGGCUCUGGCUCAUUGAGGAAACGCAAGCAACUCGCCAGCACACCAAACUCAAAUUCCAAUGGGGAACAACAUGCCGCCAAGAAACUAUUUACCAACGCCCCGGGAGAUUCCGAACAUGGUUAUCAUACCAAUAUGGUCAGCUUUGAGUCCAGCAAGCCGUAUCUGAAGGACGGCAAAAUCACAGCCGACGACGGUACCACCCUCGCCGUCAAUGAUCAUAUCUACUUAAUAUGUGAACCACCAGGCGAGCCUUACUACUUGGCACGUAUCAUGGAGUUCAUCCCCUCCAAGACCAAAGAGGAUGGCAUCAUCGAAGCCUUGAGAGUUAACUGGUAUUAUCGUCCAAGAGACAUUCAACGCCACAGCCCAGAUAACCGAUAUGUGUAUGCCUCAAUGCACUCAGAUACUUGCCCUCUAUCUUCCCUACGUGGCAAGUGUCAGAUCCAGCAUAUUUCAGAAAUUGAGGAUUUGAACGCCUAUAAGAAGAUUCGGAAUACCUUUUGGUGUGACAAAAUGUUUGAUAGGUAUAUUCAUCGCUUCUACGACGUAAUCCCGACGAAAGAUGUCAUCAAUGUACCCAGCAAUGUCAAAAAAGUCCUGGAUGAUCGCUGGAAGUUUAUUCUGGUCGAAAUUGGCAAGGGAAAGGAGUUGACAGGCGCCGUCAAGACAUGCAAAAGAUGUCGCCUUUUUGCCGCAAAUAAUGAGUCUGUUGACUGUGCUGUUUGUAACUCAACUUACCACAUGUACUGUGUUCGACCUGCAUUGACCAAGAAACCCGCACGCGGGUUUGCCUGGGCCUGUGCCGCCUGUAGUCGCGCCCAGGAACGAAAACUCGAGGCUCGGAAUACACCCAAUAUUGGGGAUUUCCGGCCAGCGGGCGAGGAUGAGAUUCUGGAGGAGGAAGAGGAAGACCCCCAUCUCAACGUGGCUGUUAAUGACACAUCUGUCAGUACCCCGGUGGCUAAUGACGAGACGCUGCAACCAGCAACAGAAGAGCAGACAGCUCAGGCGAAAAUGUGGCCCUAUCGAUACCUCGGCGUGCAUUGCAGAGUGGAGGAUGCUCUUGACUACGAUGAUCGGAUUUACCCCCGUGCGAGUUCUCGUUUGGGUCCAAGACACCAGGCAAUUGUCCCGGCCUGGGCAGGACGCACAGUCGAAUAUGUCAAGCCGCCAGAGUUGAAAAAGAAGGCGGUGAAAGUAGCUGGUGGCCGAAAUGUUGUGAAACUCACUAAGGAAUCGCAGGCCGCGCUCGAGGCUGCGAAACAAGAUCGGGCCACCCGACCGAAAUGGAUCCAGGAUGAACCACCAGGUUACAUCAAGCGUGGGGAGGAUGAGCCGAUUCAAUUGGGUAAUAAACAGGUCCAUACCUCUCAACUUCUGUUCAAAAUGCCUACUGAAGCUCAAAUUCCCGCCCGGGGUGGGGAAGACGCACCGGGAAGCCACCUGAGUGUUGCCGACCGGGAAGCCUUCAUUGACGACUAUAUGAGCCAGGCAAAAGAACUUGCACCGCACAUUGGAGUCGAAAAGUACUCGACAAACUUUUUGGACAAAGCUUUGCAGCUUCUGUAUGCCGAGAGUUUCGACGUCAAAGUAGCACUUACCAAGUUGAAGAAGGUUAACAGGUACAAGGAUCUUAAGGAGCCUCACUUCAAGCCUGAGGAGUUGAAACUAUUUGAACAGGGUGUGGCCAAAUUUGGAUCCGAGUGGCGCAACAUCACCAAACAUGUCAAGACGGUUCCUCACGCACAGAUUGUCCGCUUCUACUACAUGUGGAAGAAAACUCCGAAUGGUCGAAAAGUGUGGGGUGCUUUCGAGGGAAGACGUGGCAAGAAGGAAGUACGACGUCAAAGUAUCGCUGUGUCCAAACUACUUGAUGAUAUAGCCGAUGACCAUGACGAUUCGUCUUUUGACGCCGAAAAGGCUAUAAUCCAAAAACGAGGCUUCCAGUGCAAGUUUUGCUCGACACGCAGCUCACGACAAUGGCGGCGCGCCCCAGUCCCAGCCGGCACAACCGUUCCAUCUGAACCUAAUUCGAAAAAAGAAAAGGGGGUUUUGCUCGCCGUUGCUCUUUGUCUUCGGUGUGCUUUGCUAUGGCGAAAGUACGGCAUUCAGUACGAGGAUGUUGAUGAAGUAGGCAAGAGGAUUGCGAAUAGUGGUCACAAGUCUUGGAGGCGGCGUAUUGACGAGGAACUGCUGGCUCAGUUGAUCACGGCUACUGAAACGCCAUUCACAAUUAACAGCACUACUGCCACGACUGCUACCGCAAUGGGAAUCUCCGUGGACAGCAAUCCGCAACUAAUUCAGGAGAGCAAGCUGGAUCUGCCGAAGAAGAAGACGAUUCGCACCGAAAACCCGAGCACUACCACCACUUCAACUGCGACAUCAGUUGAACCAAUGCCAAAGAAGAAGGUUGUAGCGGCGGCCGCGGCUGCGGCAACAGCUGAAAGGAUUGCUUUUGAAGCAACUCCGAUCGUCCCUGAUCCACCUAGGGCGAAGACUCUACCUUGUGCUGUAUGCAGCAAGGUCGAGCCAUUGGGAGAUGAGCAUCUCUCGUGCCGUGAUUGCCGCUUGACUGUCCACCGCAACUGCUACGGAAUGCAAGGCUCUAGGGCCGGUAACAAAUGGCUAUGUGAUAUGUGCUCUAACGACCGCAGUCCUUCCAUCUCAACCACCUAUGAAUGCAUCCUAUGCCCGGUAACGUGGACCGAGCAUGAACUCAUGGAGAUUACCAAAAGCACUAGUCGCAAGAAGUCAGAGAGAGACAAGGAGAAGGAGCGAAUGGAAAAAGAAAUGGUCCACGAAGCCAUCAAGCUCUAUCGUCAAAGACAGGAAGCGGCCGGUAAGCCUGUUGGCCCUCGCGAGCCUCUAAAGCGCACUGCGGGUAACAACUGGGCCCACGUGUUGUGUACUAUGUGGACCCCCGAAGUUAAGUAUGGCGAUGCAAAGGAACUGGAGCCUGCCGAGGGAUUCGGAUCAAUUCCCAAAGAUCGAUGGCGGCAUGUGUGCAAGAUCUGCAAGUCCUCCAAGGGUGCCUGCGUUCCAUGCAACUUUUCUGGAUGUAACGCCCACUUCCACAUUGGCUGUGCUUUCCAGGCCGGCUACCGAUUCGGGUUUGAUGUUACUCCAGUGAAGACUUCGCGGAGAGACAGUGUGCAGACUAUUCACUUGGGUGACGAGGUUGGAGCGGUUACCCCUACAGUCUAUUGUCCCCAUCACUCGGUGUCUAAAACUCUCCAUGAUAUCGGCGAGCUGACCGGUUCUGAUGAUCUGAAUGCUCUCCAACAGUUUGCCCAGAAAUACAAGCAGGCUGACCUGGCCCUUACGGGGACAUCUCGGAAGGCUGCAUACGUGCAACUAUCGGUCAUCGCUCCGCAGCAUGGACUCGCCCCUGGACACCGAAGGACUUCAACAAGUAAUGGUACACUGGUGGCCCCCAAGGAGACAGUUCAUAAGCCACAGCCCACCCCAAUAGAAGAUGCAGCAGAUGAGAUGGAUAUCGAUACCGAAGAACGCCCUUCGCUACAAGUUGUCUCUGGAAACGUGACGCAUUGUGUGCGAUGUGCGACCGAUUGCAGUCCUAAAUGGUGGCCACGCGCACGACAACACGGCGAAUCUCGGCCAUCUUUGUCGAAUGGAGUGGGACUUGGCUCGGGCCCUUCGCCCUAUCCUCCUCACCAACAAAACCCCAGCCCGUUUAAUCACUCCAAUGGAGAUAUUGGUGAGCAGGUCUAUGAAUGCCACAAAUGCCAUCUGAAGAACCCACCACCGCCUCCUCCUCCGCCGCCACCACCACCACCACCCCCACCGGUAGCUGCUCCCUCGCCUGGUCCACGGCCGUCGCCAUAUCCGCCCCAACAUCCUCCGCUGUCAACUGCCAGGAUGCCUAGUCAUACGUUUGUACCGCAUGCUCACCCAGGAGGACCACAGCCUCCACCGACUGGUAUCAUUGGUCGACCGCCUUUGACUCAUAAUCAUUCGCAUGGUCCGAUGCCAGGAUAUCCUGGAAGCUAUGAGCAGCGACCUCCUGGGAACGAUGUGGUCAUGCGAAAUGGCAUGUCACCACCUGUCUAUCCUACUGGCCCUCCGGCUCCCCCGGCUCAUCCACAUCACAUGGGCGGUUAUCCUCCUCAUCCCCCAGGACCCCCUCCACCCCAUUAUUCCAACACGGGUCCUCCUCCUCCGCCGCCUCAGCCAUAUGUUCAUCAAAGCCCGUAUGGUCCCAUGCCAGGUCACUCCCCCCAUCUGUCACACCCUUCGCCCCACAUGUCACAGCCAUCACCACACAUGGCAGGGCCCCCACCGCGGCCGUAUGCGCCGUCUGCAUCUCCACCAAUCUUGCAGACAACAGCCAAUCAGUCCCCACAGACAUCACUAAGUGCACUGAAUGGUGGCCCCCCGUCACGUAUUUACUCGAUUGAUCGUGGCAUGGGAGCACCAUCUCACUCGCCGCCGGUGACUCAGGCACACCUCGAUCCCCGGGGACCUACUCCUCCCAUUCGACUUGAAGACACCCCUACUUCUCUCAUAGGAGGUCCCUCGGGAACUAGUCGACACUCGGGCGUGAACGGCACCAGCACCAGCUCAGGGGCCAGUGCAAGCCCUUCCCUAAAGAAUCUUCUGUCCUGA